GCGAUGACGCAGAGGCACGUGCGGGGCCGGGCCAGGGGGUGGCGCGCGCCCUUAAGGUCUCGCGGCUGUGGGAGGCGGUGCCUCCUCAGUCGGGUUGUCAACCGGCUUGUGUGGUGGCGAGGGGCCUCGGGCGAGACUGGGUCAUUUCUUCGGGGUCGCCCGGAGCCCGAGUCGGGCUGGGGCGAGCAAGGAGAAAGCGGACAUGGCGGAGGAGGAGGUCCCCGAAAGGUCAGGAUGGCUGACAGGAUGGCUUCCCACUUGGUGUCCAACAUCUUUGUCCCUGCUAAAAGAAGCUGAGGAAAAGAUCUUAAAGUGUGUGCCCUGUUCAUACAAAAAAGAACCUGUUUGUAUAUCUAAUGGAAAUAAAAUAUGGACACUAAAAUUCUCUCAGGAUAUUGUACAUAAGACUCCGCUUGUCCUCCUCCAUGGCUUUGGAGGUGGUGUCGGACUCUGGGCACUCAACUUUGGAGAUCUUUGUGAAAACAGACCCGUCUAUGCUUUGGACCUGCUGGGAUUUGGGCGGAGUAGUAGACCCCAGUUUGGUAGUGAUGCCACAGAAGCCGAGGACCAGUUUGUGGAAACAAUUGAAGAAUGGAGGUGUGCCCUGGGUUUGGAUGCAGUGAUCAUGCUGGGACACAAUCUGGGUGGAUUCUUGGCUGCUGCGUAUUCACUGAAGUAUCCAUCAAGGGUGAAGCACCUUAUCUUAGUGGAGCCUUGGGGUUUUCCAGAGAGACCUGAUAGUGCUGAUCAAGACAGGCCAAUUCCAGUGUGGAUCAAAGCCUUGGGAGCUGUACUGACCCCUUUUAAUCCCUUAGCUGGCCUCAGAAUUGCAGGACCCUUUGGCUUAAGCCUUGUGCAACGUUUAAGACCUGAUUUUAAGAGAAAGUAUGCCUCAAUGUUUGAAGAUGAUACCGUGACAGAAUAUAUCUACCACUGUAAUGUACAGACACCCAGUGGUGAAACUGCCUUUAGAAAUAUGACUAUUCCUUAUGGAUGGGCGAAAAGACCAAUGAUCAUGCGGAUUGGGAAGAUGGAUCCAGACAUUCCUAUUUCCGUCAUCUAUGGAGCCCGAUCUUGCAUAGACGGCAAUUCUGGCCACACCAUCCAGUCCCUAAGGCCACAUUCAUAUGUGAAGACUAUAGCUAUCCUUGGUGCUGGACAUUAUGUCUACGCUGACCAACCAGAAGAAUUCAACCAAAAAGUAAAGGAGAUUUGUGAUUCUGUGGACUGACCCCAGUCAGAUCUCAAUGGACAAGCCUGGUGAUGGAUGCAGUUCCUCAGCUAUUACUUAGAAAAUGUGAUGAAGAAUAAGGAAACCAACACAAAGAAACCGAGCAAUCCUCUUGAUUCCUAUUUUGCACAUUUGGCAUUUCUUCCAUGAAGUCACUUGCACAUUUAUAUCAGAUAGUGCCUUUUUGGAUGGGAACCCCUUUUUAAAUAGAAAUUUCUUUUGAAAUAUCUACAGAAAGCUCAGAAACGAAUAGAUUUAAAUAAAGGGUUUCUUGCCUCCCUGA